AUGAGUCCUGAUUGCUGCAGGUCUGAAGUUUUAACUUCUUCAGAUUCCAGUCUGGAGAGCAGAGAUGACCCGAACCACGACCCGACCUCAAACCAUCAGAACCGCCACGAGGAAAAUGGCCCAACUCCCGAUGGAGACGUUCAGGAGAAUCCACAUGCACAUUCCAAGGACUCCAGGAGGUUUUGUGCGGUUCCGAUCCACCACCGCCCGGACCUGCUGGUUCCCUGCGCGGACCUGGUCAACUCCGAGUGGCCGAGGAGCCAGGCGGCCCGGGUCCACUCCCUCCAGAAGUCCAGCUCUGAGUUUCCUGUCUGUUUGGUUCUCCUGCAAAGACACAGAGGGGUGGAGAGGCUCCUGGGCCACGUGCGUCUGACCCGGGUCGUAGGACUCAGCGGCAACCUGUUUGUCGAGUCGGUGGUCGUGGCCAAGGAUCAGCGGGGGCGGGGCUACGGCCGGACGCUGAUGGAGGAGACGGAGCGCUACGCUAAGCACAGAGGGUUCAGAUGCCUGUGCCUCACCACCCACGACAAGCAGCACUUCUACGCCCAUCUGGGCUACGUGCUGUCCACACCGGUGCAGAGCAGGGGGGCGGUGAUGGAGCUUGUUCCCAUGGCGAUGCUCAUGAGGCUCUCCAGACCUCCGAGCGAGGAGACAAACGCUCAAAUGCUAACAAAGACGGGCGUACAAGAUUCACAAGGGAGCAAAGACUCAGGGGGGGCUUCUGUUGUAGCAACAUCUCCUACCUCUAGUCCUCCUCUUCCUCCUUUACCUCCUCCUUUAUCAAAAUCAACCCCUCCCCCUCCUCCUCCUCCUCCUCCUCCUCCUCCUCCUCCACAGCCUGCAGGGCAGCCUGUAGCUCAAACGUUGACUGAAACUCCCUACAGAGAUGCUAAAGGACUUCCUAUCUUUUGGAUGCACAAAGACCUUUAACCUCUGUCAGAACCACCCGAGAGUUCACCCAGACAACAUAAAACUAAUAAACUUAUAAAUGCUAUGAGACAGAUGCAGGAAA